AUGCCUCGUCUAAAACUUCACACUGUUGUUCUUGUCAUGUGUUUACGUCUAUGUAGCACAGUGAUAGCACAAAAUUUGACUAAUCAAAUCACCAACUUGGCCAACGAUUUCGCUUCAUUCAAAAAGGAAAUGACGGGCAACGUGAAAGACAUCAACAGUGGAAUAAAAUCCAUGGAAGACCGUCUCAAAACCAAUACGGAUCUUUCAAUGUUUUCUACGCUCAAUCAAAUUUUGGCAGCGAGAAAUGCUCAGACGUCCAAUUCAAAGCAGGGCUUUCCAAACAUGAGGUGGUUAGGUGCGUUUGGAGGUGAUAUGCCACGCCUCCAACAGAAACCACAAGAAAUCGUUGACUAUCCUGUGAUCAUCAUUCCCGAAUCAAGUUUUUACCAAAUAGGACAACCACUUCCGAGACCGUACCCCAUAUAUCCGCCGAGUGGAUAUGAUCAGCCGAUUUACCUCUUUUUUGGUGCUGACAUUUCUAAUGUUUGUAACGAAGCUGCGUUGAUUGCUGCCAGAGAUGCUUCAGAAGAGAUAAGCCAAAAGAAUUUCGAACAGGCCAUCGAGAGGGUUGUUUGCUGGUAUGGAAAAAGAAGAGUUUUGCAACCAGAAGAGAAACGAACAGUUGCAUAUCACGAGGCUGGCCAUGCUGUUGCGGGAUGGUUUUUGGAGCAUGCCGAUCCUUUACUCAAAGUUUCCAUCAUACCUCGAGGGAAGGGAUUGGGAUACGCGCAAUAUCUUCCUAAAGAGCAAUAUGUAUUCAAAGAACAACUUUUCUUGACAGCUGAGACUGGACAGGGAUUUGUCGGUCGGCGUCAUACCCCAAAUGCAUUUGUGCAGCAGCUAAACUUCGCUCGAAGCUAUCUACACUCCCAAUGUUGA